GCAGUGCAACUGUUAUCGCACGUAGGCCUGUUCAGAUUGGAUGGAGCUCUGAAUCCGUUACCGUACAGGCAGCUCCUCCCUCCGCCUGUCAGUCCUAUCUGCUCUCCCUCUCAUCAUGGCUCCGGCCGCGGACAGGCCGGGCUACUGGGGAACACCGACCUCAACUCUCGACUGGUGCGAGGAGAAUUAUGUGGUCUCGUAUUACAUCGCAGAAUUCUGGAAUACUGUCAGUAACCUGAUAAUGAUCCUACCCCCCAUUUAUGGAGCCAUUCAGACGUGUAAAGACGGUUUGGAAGUACGCUAUGUGUGGUCCUUUUUAGGACUUGCUGCCGUAGGUAUUGGUUCAUGGAGCUUCCACAUGACACUACAGUAUGAAAUGCAGCUACUAGAUGAGCUGCCGAUGAUCUACAGCUGCUGCGUAUUUGUCUACUGUCUAUAUGAGUGCUUCAAGCAAGAGCGUGCCGUUAACUAUUUGUCAAUUACACUUUUGCUGACCUUCAGUAUUAUUGUUAGUGUGGUUUACCUGAUAUGGAAGGAGCCUGUGUUUCAUCAGGUCAUGUAUGCCGUACUAGUGGCUUUCUUGGUGAUUCGCUCUGUUUUCAUAGUCACUUGGGUGUAUCCAUGGCUCAGAGCCCUCGGCUUUACAUCAUUAAGCAUCUUCCUGUUGGGAUUCGUAUUAUGGAACAUCGAUAAUAUCUUUUGUGACUCUCUAAGAACCACACGGCAGCAGCUGCCCCCUGUUUUCGGAGCAGUUACGCAGCUUCAUGCCUAUCUAAUGAUUCAGAUAAAAGUAAGAGGUCAACAUUUUCUCUAA